ACACUUCUCUACGAGAUAUCUGGCUUCCCUCUAUCUCUCUAGCCAUGGCUGGCUUUCACUUAUACCUUGUCCUCCGGUUUUCUCUCCUUACCAUCGGCUUCACUCACUGCUCGACGGAUGUUGGCCUUGUUACCGCAAUCAGGAGGAUUGAGAAUCCGUCUUUCUCACUCUCUGACUUCGUGACCUCGAUUCAUCCUAGGGAUUCUCGAUUAUGAUGUCGUCUGUGAAGCUCAGGAAACUACUUGGUUCUCGCUCUCUAUCAUAUAACUCUUCUUGUUCGAUUUUGUUUGAUUUACUUGGUUCUCGAUUUCUCACGGGCUUGAUUCGUACUUGGGUUGAUUGAUUUUGAUAAGUGUUUUAUGAACUGAUAUCGUGUUGUUGAUUGUUUGGUGUUGAUUCUGUUUCUCUAAGUCUUAAGAGGUGUUUGACGUAUCUCGCCAAGUUCUUUGCUUUCUAAAUUUCAGCUCAUAGUGAUAUAGUCUAUGAUGCUUUUGUCUUAAUCUUUUGUUUUUGAAUGAUUACUUGAGGUCACGAAGAUUUUGGUUGUUUAGAAUCUGAAUGGUUUUGGUUAGAUUUUAGGGUGAAUUUGAUCAAGUUAUGUUUGUGAGACUUUUGGGCUCUUGAAACUUGAUUUUUAUUAUUUGAUUAACAUAACUUGUCUAGAUAGAUGUGAGGUUUUGCUUUGUGUUAAGAGCUCAAUUGGAUCACUGGUAUUCAUGAAUUUUCUUUCUGUUUUGGAACAGGAACUAAUGGCUUCCCAGACAAAGGAUGUGAUCGCCUCAUUGUGAUUCGCUUCACUCAUCAGUUCCAGAUUGAAACUACAGAUUGUUUUCACCUAUUGCUGCUUCUUGAUCUGGUAAAGAAAGAUUUGCCUUCUCUUCAUUUUAGUUUAACCACACAAUUGUAUUUGGCUAAGAAUCUAAUUACUUUUGGUGGUUGAUUAUGUAGCAAAAACUAGUUUUAUCUUGAGACAUCCUACUGGGGAGAUGGGAAGAUUGAGAAGAAGCGUGAACAUCAAAGAGUGUGCAAGGCCUCGAGAAGUUUAAAUAUAAGAGUUUUAUUAAU